CGUCCUUUCACAAGCGCGAAACCUCUUUUCUGUGCGGUCUUACAUCUGAUUGUACCAUGGCUCAUCCAGUACAAUUCAGCAAGUAAGCUAGGAGCGCGGCAAGCUCCGGGGUGCAAUGCUAUUCCGAUGAUCUUUCGACAAUCAUCUCGGCAAGCAGUGCCCGAUUCGUCAGCACACAGUCACCGACGUUCCUCCUUCCCCCAUGUCGUCUCCGGCAUCGAGCGCCCCGCCCGAAAUCAUUGACCUCAUCCUAGACUUUCUGCACGCCGAUCACCGGACACUCUUCUCCGCGAGCCUCGUCGCGCGCAAAUGGGUCCCCAGCGCCCGUUUCCACGCCUUCCACCGCAUCGCGCUGCACCACUUGCCCCAUCCGCGCCAGAGCCUGCUCGUCGACAACGUGCAGGAGUUUAUCGACAUCUGCGCCUCGCCGCUGUGCACGAUCGUCCCUGCGGUGCACGAGGUGCUGCUCGACAUCCAGGUGCACUUCAAUUUCACGCCGAAUCUGCUCCGCGAUGUCGUGGAUGCGCUGCAUCAGGCACCCGUGCGCAAGCUCGUGUUUGUGGAUCACACACCGGCCGUGCUCCGGAAGCCGUUCAAGAUAGGCUGGAUCGCGCUCAAGUUCCCGGCGUUGAACGAGCUGGUGUACCAUGCCCUGGACCAAGUCGCUGAGGAUCUGCUGCAGCUCGCCGUGGAUCUACCCGAGCUGCGCGCGCUGUCGAUCUACUCGUCGUCCAAGGAGCCUGCAGCCAGCGCGUUGACCCGGAUGAAGCCAUUCCCCGUGCUGGAAACGGGGACGUUCGCCAAGCUGAGAACGCUGCGCUAUCGACUGUACGCAAAGGAAGGGGAAGAAUUUCUCGGAUGGUUAGGCUCGUUGCCUUCCCUCGAGACGCUCGAUGUGUGGGUGUUUCAGGCCAAACACACGGGGUGGGGACCGGUGGACAACUUGAACAACUUUCUGGCCCACGACGGCGCGCACAUCCAGAACAUGACGCUGGCAAUGGUGUACGAGGAUCACGCGCCAAUCUUGUCCGCGGAUUGGCUCUUUCAGCCCAGUGGUGGCACUCUCGACCUCAGCCCUCUGACAAACCUCUGCACGCUGAAACUCGAAUCACACGACGCCAUGUCUCUCUGCACGACUCUUGCGUCGCUCCCCGCUGGCCCACGCCAAACGAUCAUCACCUCCUUCCCUCGCUGGCCGCACCGCACCGACUUCAGCUGUCCCUGCGACUUUGCGACCAAUCUGUCGGUGUUCUCGACGACGAUGAUCAUGCCCCAGUUCCAGCGGCUGGCGAGAUUCGAUAUCCUCGUCCCGGCGGUCUUCGCCGACGAAGGCCGGGAGAUGCUGGCCCAGUUCUUUCCGCGGCAGAUGACCCAGGGCGUCCUCCGGGUGUGGUACUGUGAUGGGGAGGAGGGACAGGAGGGGAAGUGGCCGCCCGAUUCCUGGGAAGAGCUGUGUCGGGUCACGUUUGGUGUCGUUCAAGAGUCCCCAGCCGAUUGAAGAUGAUGAUGGCCUGGGACAUACCAGAUGGGCCUGCAGUCCAUGAUACUCCGAAAAGGAUCAAAGCAGAAAUAUAGCCGCGUCUCUUCGGGUACGACUUCCCAUCUCCGAGGAGAUUGGUCAUUGCGGCUCUGGUUUGUACCGCAAGUUGAUGUGGUCCUCGGGCUCGAAUUCAAGUUGGCCCCUAGACUUUCUGGCCACUGCGCCCAGUUUCGGCCUGGGAACAGCAGACUCCGGUGGACAGUGACCAUACUGUACCAUGAAUCGCAGAGCAACUCGUCAUUGGUCGAAUCUACGUUCUUCUCAGCUUCGCCCCCAGGCCCAGCCUAGGCGACAUAAGGCAGGCUCCACAAAGGAUACUCUUGGGCUUCUCAUCAUCAAUCCAGAGUCGAUGGAAAGACCACAAGUAAGUCUGGGUAGCAAAAGAAGACGCGCCGAUGCUUCGAAUGGAAUGGGAAGCGAGGCUGCGGGGACCAAGUCGGGGUCGGGGGUCUUGCGUGAUCUUACAUCAGUCGUAUUAUGUGCUUGCAAGACACACGGUGCAAUGCAAAGCAAUCUGCAAGCAAGAUAAGCGCAUCCGGCGGACGAGAGCCGCACUCCGCGGCACUCGCAGUGCGCCACGCGCGAUCGCGCCCCGGAGACAAGGGGCCGGCCCAAAAGGAGACGGGAAGCCACGGUCCAACAGCGGUGGGAUUUCUUGGAGGAUACGAGCUGCGUCCGUCAGACGCCUAUGUACAUUUGUUUCAAAAAGACGUGUGGGAGACACACGCCUGAGUUGGACAAGUGUGGAAUCUGGGCUGUUAAUAAUCCACCUCGCACGAGCGAGCGCCUGCAGCGAGCCGGUUUCCUAUAUUUCCAAUAGUGCUUUGUGCUUACUGAGGACAGGGGCGCUCGCUCCAUCAAGCGAUCGCUGCCAUGUAAAUAUGUAUAUUAGUUGGUAGGGAGAAAUGCCAAUCGCCCUGACGAACACACAUAGAGUGGGGCUCAGGCAUGUGUUUCUACGCGAGCUGUCUGCGGAGUUAAAAGCUGGUGGUGACUGACAGCGAGAAAGGAAACACGAGAGGGGAUGUGUCCGAUGGGGAAGCUGGCCGGUGAGAGAGAGAGAGGGCCAAGACAAAAUGAAUCUGUUCCGGAAGUCAUGCGCUUUUGAAGUUCUGGAUAUGCACGUGGGAUUUGCAUUCAGAGAAGGCUCGCAGACGAGACCAGCAGGACGCCCGUGCUGUUCAACUCAACCCAAAAAAUCUGCACAGGUCCUUGCUGCAAAUGUAGCGGUGCCGAUCAAUGCCUAAUUGGGAGACGUGUCGUCACUUUUUGAAAUUCGUACUUGCCAUGAGAGUACAUAGCUGCAGGUAAAUUACGGCACAGGCAGGCGGAAAGUCUUCGCCGCCAAUCAGCGUUUCCCGGUUGUGAUGAUGUACCUGUCAUAUUUUGUUAGUACGAACUGCGGGGAUCCCGAAGAUGUCGACGACGUCCGGACGGGUUCUUGGACGCCCUCUCGAGCCCAACCGUGCCUUGCAUGGAUGUCAAUUUCUGAGCCGCCUACAGCUCCAGCAGGGGGUGAAGGAUCUGUCGAGUGCGCCCGGCUGUUCUCUGCGCCGAGGUGGAGGAGGCCAGGCCAGAAACUCUGGCAUCCCGGGAGGAUACCCCCGGAAAGGCUUGGCUGCAUUCCGAAUCCCAUUUCCGAGCCUGAUCCGGCGAACGAGACGCAUUGGCGGUUGACAAGCGUGGCGGUGCACGGCCGAAGCCUGUGCCAAAAACUAGCCGACGAUCGAGCGUUAGCAGGCGUUAGCCGACGUACCCGAGCUCUGCCCAUCAGUAGUUCCCUUGUGGUGGUCACAUGCCCCAUCAGAUCUGCUCUAAGGCCAAGAUGCAGCCUGAGAUAGAAUCCCUGAUGCGAUGUGGGUGACACUGAUACUGUCUUGAAAACCGUGGUCGCCCCGCAAAGAACCGCUUGAAAAGGCUCCAGACGCUUAGCUAUGGGGAUUCUGAGGAACUCCCCUGAUCCUGCACACACGCGCGCUCUCCUCUUAUCUGCUCAAGAUGGCACGACUCGCACUCACUCUGCGCUCUGUGCGCACUCAAUACAAGAUCGCCCUCUAUCUGGAUGCUGUCUAUCUCGUUUGCGUUCUUUGUCGGGGAGUGUGGUACGGGCUGGCUGGAGUCGAGCUCUUCGAAGGAGCGGCCGCUGCGACUGCCUGUCUGACUGUGGUCAUGCUCUGGCGAAUGCUCCCGCACACCGUCGAGUCGAUCCCCUCGUCGUCCCUCUCCCGGGUGGGCGUGCAGUUCUCGCUCGCCGGGAUGUUGACGGGAUUCUGGCUCUUCCCUGCCUUCAAGACCGUCCUGCUCGUCUUAUCCGAGUCUGAGCCUGAUUCGGCCGUGCCGUCGUGUAUCGCCCACCCGCUAGAUACCCUCGUCUGCACGCCCUGGGCGGUCUACCGCUUCCUCCCGCUCCCGAUCCUGUUUUGCGUCGCAUUCUCGUCCUAUCUUACCUAUCACCACGCGAUCGCCAUCUACGGCACCGACGACCUCAUGCUGCUCCCCGACGGACCCGUGCAGGCGCCGCUCCUCAAAAAUCGGCCGGGGACGAUGAUCGCGUCGUGGACCAUGGCGCAGAUCGCUGAUACGGAGGGCAGAUUCGAGAGCGGGAGCGGGGGAGACGCGGCGGUUGUGUAGAUUGCCAUUCGUACAGGACGGGCGCUUAUUGUGGGGGCUGUCAGACUAUCAGCGGGAUUGCAGGGUCUUCCUGCAUUCCGCUCGUCUGCGCGGUAUGAUCAAGUCGUCGAUUGACGUCCUUCCGAGGAGUCACACGGAACAUAAAGCAAUAGAUGGUAGUGCAACGCAAAGAGAUGAAUUUGGAGACGCAAUGUCCGAGGGCAGACUGGGAGAAUUUAAGCAGGCCGCCGCGCAUCAGAAUCUGCCGUGCAAGACUCGACACGAUCGCAAUCGACAUCGGCCGAAGAGGAAACGGACAUUCAUCCCUCUCCACCUGUCCUGUCGUGGUAGGGACUGGACUGGAUUCACCUUGCUUGUGCCGUUCGCGCAUGAUCAUUGUGUGAUAAGCUCAUUACCAGUGUUAUUUAUAGACGGGCGCUCCCGCACGGCCUCGACUAUUCCGACCAAAGCUUGAGCGCCGAGCAAGACAAUCUCCCACGACACCCUCUCGAUCUCCCUCCCUUCAUGAUAUACCUGGCAGCCUUGCGCUCUUUCCGAGUCCGAACCCAAUAUCGCAAGUCGUCCUGAGGUUGCAGACAACACAACUCAUUCUCCCGGUAGAGAUCUCUGCGUGGCUAGCCCUCGUGUACCUGCUCUCCGUCUUCUUGCGCGUGCUGUCGUAUGGGGUGGCGGAAUGUGGUUUCGCCGAGGCAGCGGGCGCUGUGAUCGCAGCCGCGACACUCGUGUGGCUCGCCCGAAUGCUGCCUUACACCGUGAGAGCGGACCCCUCCUCGUCCUGGUCACGAGCGGAAAGGCACUUUUUGUCGAUUGCGCUGGUAAUGGUCCUGUGGUUCUUUCCCGCUGUAUACGUCAUCCUCAGCUUGGAUAAAUACGGGACCGACUCGGGCGCACUGUCCUGCACAAUAUACUCGGGUCUCGCCUGGUCCGCUACCUGCAUCCCAUUCGUGGGGUAUGUCUUCCUCCCCGUGCUGAUCAUCGCCUCCCGUACGUUAUCCUAUUUCUUGGCUUAUGCGGUCUCAGUCUUGGAGCAGUCUUCUUUGCGUGCAUUCUCGUGGUGAACCAUGCGAAUGCCGUUUACGGUCUGGAUACUAUGAUGCCGCUCCCACAACCGGAGAACGCCUCGUUUUCCAAGAUCGAGCCCGGCCCGAUGGUAGCGUCGUGGACCGUCGCCCAAAUUGCGCACAUGGAGGCUGCUCUACGCGAUGAAGGGCUGGCGAAGGUACAGCCUCCAGCUUGAACGUAGCAUAGCAUAUAUGCGGUAGAAGACUGUUAUUCAAACACAGAGGUUGCUUUCGGCUCAAGGCUUGCGGUGGAGGCCCUAUGUGAAAUCGCGAGCAAGUGAGA